AGUUAUUCGGGUUCGAUUGAGCCCAAAUGACUCCACAUAAGUUUGUGGAGCUCCAUCUCCAUCCCGCGCUUCUCCGGCGAUGGCGCCGAAACGUCGCCGUUCAAAGAAUGGUGGAAAGCUUUCCAAUCGAAGAGGUUUGCAGCCUCCAAAGAAAGAACAUGAAGAACCUGGAGACGACGAAGGUGUAAGCGCGGCGGUUGAGAAGUACUGGUUUCAAAGGUUCAAUCUCUUCUCCAAGUACGACGAGGGCAUAAGGAUGGAUGAAGAGGGGUGGUUUUCCGUCACGCCGGAGAAAAUCGCCGCCAGGCAAGCCCACCGAUGCUGCGGCGCUGUUGUCAUAGAUGCUUUCACGGGCGUGGGUGGAAAUGCCAUUCAACUUGCCGCAAAGUAUAGUCAUGUAAUUGCUAUUGACAUUGACCCUAGAAAGAUUGAAAUGGCUCAAAACAAUGCAAGGGUAUAUGGAGUGGAGGAAUACAUAGAUUUUCUUACAGGGGAUUUUUUCCAAUUGGCACCAUUUCUCAAGGGAGAUGUGGUAUUUCUUUCUCCUCCAUGGGGUGGCCCAGCAUAUAAGUUGAGAGACACCUAUACCCUAGACCUCCUGAAACCAAAAGAUGGUUAUUCGCUAUUUCAGGUUGCACACAACAUUACACCGAAUAUUAUUAUGUACUUGCCUCGUAACAUGGACUUGAUUCAAGUGGAACAGCUUGCUUGGUUAUCUUCCCCCCCUCUACAAAACCAGCAACGCUGGUCUCCACAGUUGCACCUCAUACGGUGUCGUCGACUUCAUUGUUGGUCUCCAUGCCGACUUCAUCCCUAUCGCUACAGACCUCCAACGACGCUGGGCACUUUCUGAAGCAGCCGUUAGAGAGCUCGCCCAUCUCCGCUUCAUUCACGCUGGGUUUCGUUUCAUGGAUCCCAUCCGUGUUCACGUUGACUCCUUAUGCUCCAACGCUGAACACCAUGUCCUUCCUCUUCCCUUUCACUCAUCUGUAUGGAAUCCAUGGAAAAUUAUUAAAUGCUAAGAUUAUUUUUUUAAGUGAUUGAGGGGAUGAGUUGAAGCAAGUAUGGUGUGGCGGAACGCUAACAUCGUCAUCUCCUUGAAUUAACUCAUACUAUGCUUAUUGAAGCAAGUAUGCCAACUACUUUCUGGGUUGAUGCACUUUUUAUAGCUACUAACAUUAUUAAUCGU